AUGGGCCCCUGUACCGCCUCCUCAUGCUGCUGCCAGGCCCCGUAAUCUGCCAUGGGCCCUCUGUACCGCCUCCUCAUGCUGCUGCCAGGCCCGUAAUCUGCCAUGGGCCCCCUGUACCGCCUCCUCAUGCUGCUGCCAGGUCCAGAGUCUCCUCAUGGGUCCAUGUACGGCUCCCAUUGUGCUGUCUCCAUCGCCACACACUUCUGCCAUGUGCCACUUUCAGGUCUCCUCACACUGCUGGUGUGUUCCAUUUUUGUCAUAGGGUGCUGCAGAUUACGGGCCUCACAUUGCUGCUGCCAGGCCCGUAAUCUGCCAUGGGCCCCUGUACCGCCUCCUCAUGCUGCUGCAGGUCCAGAGUCUCUCAUGGGGUCCCUGUACGGCUCCCAUUGCUGCUGUCUCCAUCGCCACACUCUGCCAUGGGUGUGCCACUUUCAGGUCUCCCUUCACACUGCUGCCAGUGUGUUCCAUUUUUUGUCAUAGGGUGCUG